CCGCCAACCCCGGGGUGUGGGAGAGAGAGCGUGCGAGUGGAGAGUGGGCCCGAGUGGGAAGGUGGCGAAGGGAGGGGAGUCGGGGUGGGAGGCGGGAGGGGCCGGACGGGAGGAGGGGCCGGCGGGUGGCGGGCCGGGCGCGAGGGUGGCGGCUCCGGCGGGACCGGGCGCGGGCGGCGCGAUGCGGCGGGGCACCCUGUUCCUCAACGGCAGCCCGCGGAACGGCAAGGUGGUUGCUGUAUAUGGAACUUUGUCUGAUUUGCUUUCUGUGGCCAGCAGUAAACUCGGCAUAAAAGCCACCAGUGUGUAUAAUGGGAAAGGUGGACUGAUUGAUGAUAUUGCUUUGAUCAGGGAUGAUGAUGUUUUGUUUGUGUGUGAAGGAGAGCCAUUUAUUGAUCCUCAAACAGAUUCUAAACCACCUGGAGGAUUACUAGGACCCCACACAGACUGGCUAACAUUAAAUGUAGGCGGGCGGUACUUCACAACAACAAGGAGCACUUUAGUGAAUAAGGAGCCUGACAGCAUGCUGGCCCACAUGUUCAAGGACAGAGGUGUCUGGGGAAAUAAGCAAGACCAUAGAGGAGCGUUCUUAAUUGACCGAAGUCCUGAGUACUUUGAACCCAUUUUGAACUACUUGCGUCACGGACAGCUCAUUGUAAAUGAUGGCAUUAAUUUAUUGGGGGUAUUAGAAGAAGCCAGGUUUUUUGGUAUUGACUCACUGAUUGAACACCUAGAAGUGGCCAUAAAGAAUUCCCAACCACCAGAGGAUCAUUCACCAAUAUCUCGAAAAGAAUUUGUUAGAUUUCUGCUAGCAACUCCAACCAAGUCAGAAUUGCGUUGCCAGGGUUUAAACUUCAGUGGUGCUGACCUUUCACGUUUGGACCUUCGAUACAUUAACUUCAAAAUGGCCAAUUUAAGCCGCUGCAACCUUGCACAUGCGAAUCUCUGCUGCGCAAAUCUUGAACGAGCUGAUCUUUCUGGAUCAGUGCUUGAUUGUGCAAAUCUCCAGGGAGUCAAGAUGCUCUGUUCUAAUGCAGAAGGCGCAUCCCUGAAGCUGUGUAAUUUUGAGGAUCCUUCUGGUCUCAAGGCCAACUUAGAGGGUGCUAAUCUGAAAGGUGUUGAUAUGGAAGGAAGUCAGAUGACAGGAAUUAACCUGAGAGUUGCCACCUUAAAAAACGCAAAAUUGAAGAACUGUAACCUCAGAGGAGCAACUCUAGCAGGAACUGAUUUAGAGAACUGUGAUCUGUCGGGGUGUGACCUCCAGGAAGCCAACCUGAGAGGCUCCAACGUGAAGGGCGCUAUAUUUGAAGAGAUGCUGACACCACUGCACAUGUCACAGAGUGUUAGAUGAGAGGGGCUGGAGGAAGAUGCUGGGGAUGAAAAGCUUUUCCUUAAUUGUCUUCUUUCUCCACCCAUUUGGUUGUUUUGAAGAAAUAACACUGUAAGAGAAUUAAGAAAAAGGGUUGGAGGAUUAUGCUUAUUCUCAGAGGUGUGUAAGGGAAGAAAUUUUAUUUUUCCCUCACAUUCUGAUUGUAAUAGAAAGCACUGUUCAUAGAUGGAGGGAAGCUGAAUCAUAUUGCUGCCUUUUAUGGGGUUGGGGGAUUUGUCUGGAUUCCUGAUCAGGAAUGGUAUCUAUUAUAUUUGCUUUUAUAUAGGCAUGAUGUGGAAGUAUCUUGGUUCAAGAUGCAUUUGAGAAUUUUAAUUUAUGAAAAGCACAACAUAUGCAAUUAUAUUUAUUGAAUACCUAGAUGCAGUAAGGAUAUUUAAAUUGUUAAACUAUGGAAACUUGGAAAAGUUGUUCAGGUUCAUAAAUAGCUUUAGUAAUGCCUUCCUUCCUUUAAAUACCUAUCGAGUCAUGAGUGUGGUGAGGGCAGACCCCCCGAGGCUCUCUUUUCAGGUUCAUUUUUAUAAUGUUUACUUUUCACGAACAGAACAGUAGCUAAAUUCAGGAACAUCCUGUUCUUACUUUCUGAGACAGAGUGGAGAGACACUGUGCCACUCUGUGCUGCAUUGGCCUGUCCAGGUGCGGGGAGGCUUAGCUGAGAGCUGCACUGCCCAGCCAGCAUUCCCACCGCCUGCUCGGCACUUCUGCCUGUUCGCCUAGUCCAGUGCUCGCUCGCUCUCAUGUACAGUCAUCCCAAGCACAGGAAGAUACUUCAGAACCAAAAAACCAAGGUGCACCCUCAACGCUCAGUUUGUGCAAUGCCAAGUGGUAUCAACAGGACCAGCUUAGAAAUAGGUAUUAAUUCUAGACCCACUGCAGUAUGAGCUGUAACAUAUGAAGACUGUGACAGUUGCCUCUUAGAAGACAACGUAAGAUAGUUACAGCUAAAGCCCUACAGUGGUGAAUAAGGAACUUUAAACUGACAGAUAAAGCAUUUGGCUAGUCUAACCCGCAAUACCAGUCAGCACCUCUGGUUCUUUUUUUUAAAAAAAAUUCCAUUGUUUGUCUUGUUUUGUUUUUAAAUCAAAUUUUAGCUCAGUUUCCUGGAGUCAUUAUCUGUGCAGCAGCAGAGGUAGGGCCUUUUCCCCUACCAGUGUCCCCAUGUCCUUAUGUGUUCCCCAAAAGCAGGGAUAUAAGCUGUGUCCAAAUGGGUUCUGAAUCCUCCAAACUGGUAGCUUGAGGCAGUGAAUCAUCAGACCACCUGUCUCCCUCGGGAGAGUGGCAUAUCGUCAUUAUUCUGUAGCUUACUGUUAUACUACAUAUGCAACGCUUUCCUUAACAGUAAAGGGCUCAUAUGCACAGUGGGAGGACAGCGCUCCUUUACAGGGGAAGGAAAGCACCUUUAAAAAUGAAUUAUUUUCUUUGCGUUAUUAUUUUUACCAAGACAGAGAAGUAUUGUAUUGAGAGAUACCUAUUUUCCUAAUCAAUAUGUGCCUAAAUUCUAUGUAACUCAUUUCACUCUGUACUAUAUUUUCAGUAAUUAUAGACUGUGUUCAUUCACUGAAGGGAACCUCUGCACACAAAGGUAAAACUGCAGACGUCUAAGAUGUAAGCAGGUGUGCUUGGGAACGGCAGGGCUUGGGUCUGCUGUGCACUGCGUUAAUAAACGGCAUGAACCGUUGAAGGUGUUUCUGCUCUUGCUUUUGAAGGUCAGCACUCCCGCCAUUUCUCCUGCUGCUCUGGUUGGGUUGACCCUGACCCUGAGCCCAGGCCGUGGGCGAGCAGCAUAGGCAUUAAAGUGAAUUCACUUGAGUGUGAUUUUAUGACCCUCUUGUCAAAGUCCGCCACACUAAAACACUUUUGCUUCUAAAGAAUUUCAGUGAUUUAAUUUGCAUUGCUCUUCACUGAGGAACAUUACCAGACUAGUAUACUGAAUAAAUAAUAUGCCCGGAAACUUUUUUUUUUCUUUUGCCUGACAAAUAGGAAAGAGAAUUCCAAAGAAGGAGAAAGUUUCAAAAUAAUAAACUUCCUUUAUCUCUAGUAAUGAAACAUAUCUGUACAGAUAAGUUAAAAUAGGGAUUUGCUGUGGGAGGGCUAGGGAAAGGUUCUCAAUAAAUCUAAAUUGGUUAGAUGAUUUCCACUGAUAAAAUUCAGUUCUCCACUUUAGUCCCUGUCUAAGGCAGUACCAUUUCAAGGAAUUUAAAAUAGAAAAUGUUAGAAAGUCUUCAUUCUUAGGGUACUUUCUAUUAUAAAUCAAGACAUAUUUUCUCCACUUCAUUUUAUGAAACUUUCAUGCCCUAAAUCUACCCCCAAGUUAACUUGAAAUCAUCUUCAGUACAUGAAAAACUAUAGAAUUUUACUAAAUUCCCCAAGAAAGUCAUAUAUUUAAAAUGAAAGGCAUCACACUACAAAGAAAAGUGCUUACACUGUUUCAGGAUUAAAACACCUUACCCCAGACUUCAUUCUCUGAGACCUAGCACAACUUGACCAGUUGUAUCAGCUGCAGUUAGCCUUGAGUUUCUCCUGCUGAGAUUUUACAUUAGGGCAGGAAGGAGCUUUCUUACCUGUCAACCAGUGAAAUUAUAAAAUCAUCAUUGUGAUAAUUUUGAGGUAUUUUAAUGUUCAAAAUUGUAGCUGUUUUCCCCAUAAAGGUGUGCUUUCAAAUUUAGAAAAUAAAAUUAUGACAGUUAUAAAGUCCACUCAAUAUUUCAAAUUCAGCUCUUUGUUAAAUUGGCGUAAGCAUGGAAUGAUGAAAGAUCUCAAAGGCAUGUAAACUUACUGGUUACAUAAUGGCUCAAUAGCCUAUUUGGUGCUGUAGAAAGUAAGGCAAAUUUGGUUUUGGCCCUAAGAUUUCUGUGACCUAAGAUAAGAUUAAGCAGAUUUAUGGAACAUAAAGCAUAUUGAAUAAUUACAUAGGCCAUGUUGCUGUGUUCAUACACAUUUCAAAGCAUUUUUCAAAAAAAAAGGUCAGGGCCUAGAGAGAUGGCUCAGUGAGGACCCAAGCUUUGUUCCCAACAACACAUCAGAUGGCUCACAACUACCUGUAAGUCUUAUCUCCCAGGGACCUGAUGUCCUUUUCUGGACUCCUUGAGCACCUGCACACAUGUCCGUCCGCCCCCCCCCCCAUAAAUAAAAG